CUACAAUAAUAGUCUUGUGGCUCUGGUGAUAAACCAAUCCAUCCCAAAAGGAGCUGGCGGAGCAGUUUGUUUCCGGCAGCACCAGCCCCAACGAACCCGAAAGCAGUCCAGAUUGUAACAACACAUUUUCUUUCCGGCAGUUUGUUCAUCAUGGCCGGCACGAUUACCCAUCACCUCAAUUUCACUUCAUCUUCCUUCCUCUCCUCUGGGCCAUUAUCCUUUCUUCCCACCAACCAACUCUCCCGUGCCAAAACCCGAUACCCAUUCCCCGCCGGCGGGAAACGCCUCGCCGUUUCAGCUAAUUCAGCUCUCAAAGCUCUAAUCUUCGAUUGCGACGGAGUGAUCCUCGAAUCCGAGGACCUUCACCGCCAAGCCUACAAUGACGCUUUUGCUUACUUCAAUGUCCGGUGCUCCCCGGACUCUCCUCAGCCUCUCAAUUGGGACGUCGGUUUCUAUGAUGUCCUCCAGAACCGCAUCGGGGGCGGCAAACCCAAAAUGAGAUGGUACUUUAAGGAGCAUGGAUGGCCGUCAUCAACAGUCCUUCCUACUCCUCCUGACGAUGACGACAGCCGAGCCAAGUUGAUUGACACUAUUCAGGACUGGAAAACUGAAAGGUACAAGGAAAUAAUCAAGUCUGGAACUGUGGAACCCAGGCCAGGAGUUUUGCGGUUGAUGGAUGAGGCCAAGGCUUCUGGGAAACUGCUAGCUGUUUGCUCAGCGGCAACUAAAAGUUCAGUUAUCAUGUGUCUUGAGAACCUCAUAGGCAUGGAGCGGUUUCAAGGUCUUGACUGCUUUCUUGCAGGUGAUGAUGUGAAGGAAAAGAAGCCUGAUCCAUCCAUCUAUUUGACAGCCCUCAAGAGGCUAGGUGUGUCCGAGAAAGACUGUUUGGUGGUGGAGGAUAGUGUCAUCGGUUUGCAGGCUGCAAAAGGUGCUGGAAUGUCCUGUAUAAUUACAUACACAAGUUCCACUGCAAAACAGGAUUUUAAAGAUGCCAUAGCAUUGUACCCUGAUUUAAGCAAUGUGAGGUUACAAGAUCUAGAGUUGUUGCUUCAGAAUACUGUUGCUGCUGGCUAAGUAAAUAAUCAUAUUCACCCAAUUGAAUAGAAAUGAUGAAAUUAUUGAGCUUCUAUGCAUGUAGCUCCGCUCAGCUAUGGUCACAAUCGUAAUGGUUCGACACGAUGCUUGAUUAUAAUUUUUAUAGGAGCGAUGCUUCUCUUCGAAACUGAAGGCAGCAACAGUGUACGCACCCACCAGUUCUGCAUUUCUUUUCGUCAUUGAUUGAUAGCAUUCUUAGCGAUGCUAUUACAUGGCAUGAAUGCAAACAUGAUUUUUAUCAAGGAAUGAAAGCACAUGAUAUAUGUGAGAUAUGACUAUUGUUUCUAUCUCAGCCAUGCCUAUAGUCCUAUAAAUGUGGUGUUAGCUAUUUGAAUCUUUCGCACCCGAAAGUUAACCAUGUAUACUUCUCAAUCUUGCUCAUUGAAGGGGAGACACGAAAUAAGCUCCUGUCAGUAGCCCACUAAGGAAGAUACCUAAUAUUGCAGAGACCAAAGAUUUAUAAUGCUUCGUGUCUUGUCUUUCUUGCCUGACAUUUCAAAGGAAACACGCACCAAAAGUCAGCAAUUGUUGCUCUGGACAUCGGCUCGCGUGCUCUGAUGUUGGCCGCUCGAUCCAAAAGCGUUAGAGAAGUCCAGCUGACUGAAGUGGUCAGCUAAACUAGAAUCUGAAUCUUCUCUUCUGUUAGUCUUUGUAUUUUUUCGCCCCUCUGCUUAUGGAGCGGCCAUUACAUUUACAGAGACGUCUUCCUGUAUAAACAGAACAGCGCCAUAUUGAGCAGCGAGAUAUGGGGUGCUCAACUACAGAAACUCAGCAGCAGAGGCCACAAGCAGUUCUGCUGCCAUUUUCAGCACAAUGCCAUGUUAACCCAUUCAUGCAACUGACCACGCUCUUGUAUUCCAAAAGCUUCCACAUAACGUUUGUCAACAUCAAACAUAACCACAGGCGGCUGUUUUGAGUCAGAGGGCCUGACGCUGUGAAGGGUCUUUCCAAUUUCCAGUUCCAGGCGAUUCCUGAUGAGUUGGCACCGUCGGAUAAGCAUGCCACUCAAGACCCUUCUGCUCUCUGUUAUGCCACGCAGAACUAUAGUUUGCAGCCAUUUAUGGAGCAAUGGAAAAGUUGCAAGAGAAGUACUCCGGAACUUCCCCCAGUUACUUAGAUAGUUUCGGAUGGAAUCAUGACGUUUGGGAUCCAAGCUGCAGAAAUGCUGGGGGUCCAGCACGCUUCCUUGUGGACUGUCCUCAACUUGCGGCCUCGUAGGGUAUAUGCAAUACGAUGAACUCACAGCACGAGACAUCUUUCCUCUCAAAGGUCGUAACAUUCAACUUCUUGAUCAUCACAAUUUAUUAUAUCUAGUAGAAGAUAGUUUAUCUCUUUAACUCUUUCCAUGCCAUUUCAGAGGCCAACUUGAGGGGUAAAACACUUGACAAUCCAUUGGAAUGGAUUCUAGGAGUGAGCAACAUUCUUCUUAAGGAUGUACCAAGCUUUGCAACAGUAACGGAUGCUGAAGCAAAGAAGUGCUUGAAAUACAGUGCAAUCAUCUUCAAUACCUUUGAUGCAUUCGAAGAACAAGCACUAACAACUAUCAGUAAUGGAGUACUUCACCUUCCCUCGUCAAAUCUACACUAUUUAUUGGUCCACUCCAUUUGCUUGGAUACGAAAUGCCUUCUAUUCUCCAUCAGUUCAAAUCUAUGGAGAGAAGAACAAAAAUGCAUGGAGUGGCUCGACCAAAGAGAACCGCCGUCAGUUGUUUAAAUCAAAUAUGGAACCGUGACUGUUAUAUCUGAUGAUCGCCGGAAGGAAUUCGCAUGGGGACUUGCAGAAAGCAAGCACCCAUCGAAAGAACUCUCCACCUAGCAAACAUUGCAACUAGGGUUUGUAGGAAGAAGAAGAUCAUAUGGGAAUUGGCCAAUUUUUUCCUUUCUGUCUCCCGGACAUCAUGUACACAUAUGUCCCUGCAAUUUACAGAGUUACUGCAUAAGCCAACGGUAAAGUAAACUAACAAAAUGAAU